GUAUAUAUUAUCUUUACCGUAUCCAAAAAGGCAAAAACUUGUGGAUAUGGGUGUGGGAAAAUAGAAAAAAUACAUUAUCAUUGACCAUCAGCUAGCUAUCGUCACGUUGGCCGCUUCCAUACCCGUACUGUUUCCGGACCGACGGAGACGCCGCCGGAGAAGGAGGAGAAGAAGAAGAAGAAGCAGCAGCUUAGGGCUUUUCUCGGAGCUCGAAAUUCUCUUUCUGGGUUUUAUUGGUUUCUGGGGUUUUCAUUUGGGUAUCUGGGGUUUCGUCUGGUGGAGGGUGAGGAGCAUGAAGGACUCAAGCUCGGAUCUUUUCGAUCCCCGGACGACCAUGGAACCCGAAUUAUCGCCGGAAGGCGUUGCCGGGUCGAGUUCGGAUUCGGACUUCGCGUUUGCGUUCAAUGAUAGCAAUUUCUCGGAUCGGGUGCUGAAGAUUGAGAUCGUGGCUGAUUUGCCGGAGAGCAAGUCGGACGGGGAGGGAUGUAACAGCAUCGCCGAUUGGGCCCGGAAUCGAAAGAGGCGCAGGGAGGAUAUUAAGAAAGAUAGUGUUGUAGACGUUCUCGUGCACCGUGAAGAGCAGAUUUUGAACUGUAACAUGCCGGAUACUGAGGAUGGUUUGCCCUAUGAGAAUCAAGAUGAGGAAGCUGUGGCAAUGAUUGAGGAAUCGCCUCCAGGUGUUGGAGUGAAUACAAAUCAGCUGGGCGAUGAACCUACUCAUAGCAAUGAUUCAUCUUGGAGCAUGGACUUUUCAACCGUUCUUAGAGUGAAGACAUUACAUAUUAGCUCUCCAAUUUUAGCAGCGAAGAGUCCAUUCUUUUAUAAGCUUUUCUCAAAUGGGAUGAAGGAAUCUGAACAGCGACAUGUUACUCUAAGAAUCAAUGCUUCUGAAGAAGCUGCCCUCAUGGACCUCCUGAAUUUUAUGUAUAGUAAUACUUUAUCAACAAUGACACCUGCUGCUCUGCUGGAUGUGCUGAUGGCAGCGGACAAAUUUGAGGUUGCUUCUUGCAUGAGAUACUGCAGCCGAUUAUUGCGGAACUUGCCCAUGACUUGCGAAUCUGCCCUGCUCUACUUGGAUCUUCCUUCUACUGUUUUAAUGGCUGAGGCCGUUCAGCCUCUGACAGAAGCAGCAAAGCAUUAUCUUGCUGCUCGUUAUAAGGACAUAACUAAGUUUCAAGAAGAGGUGCUGAAUUUGCCGCUAGCUGGAAUUGAGGCUGUACUCUCCAGUGAUGAUCUACAGGUGGCAUCAGAGGAUGGUGUUUUUGACUUUGUGCUGAAAUGGGCCCGGAUUCACUACCCAAAACUGGAUGAUCGACGAGAAGUCCUUGGUACCCGCCUUGGUCGCCUCAUCCGAUUUCCUUAUAUGACAUGCCGAAAGCUGAAGAAAGUUUUGACCUGCAUUGACUUUGAACCCGAAAUUGCAUCCAAGGUCGUGCUUGAGGCUCUCUUCUUCAAGGCUGAGACAACAUAUCGACAACGAUCACUUGCUGCAGAUGAUGCCAAUACCUAUUACCGCCGUUUUGUGGAGAGGGCUUACAAGUACCGCCCAGUUAAGGUGGUGGAGUUUGAACUGCCUCGACAGCAGUGUGUUGUGUAUCUGGACCUGAAACGGGAGGAGUGUGCGCAUUUAUUUCCUGCUGGGCGGGUUUACUCACAAGCUUUCCACCUGGGUGGGCAGGGGUUUUUCCUGUCAGCUCACUGCAAUAUGGACCAACAAAACUCCUUCCAUUGCUUUGGCCUGUUUCUAGGAAUGCAAGAGAAGGGGUCGGUGACUUUUGCAGUUGAUUAUGAGUUUGCAGCUCGGUCAAAGCCAACUGAGGAGUAUAUAAGCAAGUACAAAGGAAACUAUACCUUCACAGGGGGGAAGGCAGUUGGGUAUCGUAACUUGUUUGCUAUAGCUUGGACUUCUUUCAUGGCGGAUGACAGUCUUUAUUUUAUUAAUGGCAUCCUCCACCUCCGGGCUGAGCUCACUAUCAGGCAAUGAGUCUUCAUGUUUGCUUUCUUCAACUGCUUCCUAUCCUUGUUUUUUAGACGUCAGGAAGGCCUAGGUAGGUAUAUCUUUUCAGUUCCAUCAGAUAAGUGACAUGAAACAUCUAACAUUGUAAUCUAUAUUUGUGUAUAUGCAAUUUCUUGUUUUCAUUUAUUUGUAUUUUCCUAUUAGUUUUCAACUUCUGGCUUGCUUAAAAGCAUGUAAUAUUUGAAUUUACAUGGAUAAACUUUCUGAGUAUUGAGGAGUGUAAUAGAGAUGAUCUUAACAUGUUUGUAUGGUUGAA